CCCCUACCCACCCAUGAACCUGCAGGCGCCCAACUUUGUCAAAUACCUCAAACUGACCCACAUCUUGUCGGACGUGCCUAUGCUGUCCAUACUGUCGGCCAAAACGCUCGCCUCCCGAUCCAUAUUCCGGUUGUUAAAAAUAUUUGAGUACAAAAUAUGGCUAAUAUUUUGGUUGCUUUACUUUGCGCUAACUGUACUGUGCUAUUACGUACCGUCGACUCCCGAUGUAGUGAACCACAAGCAUAAGGUGUUUAUUGUUUUCAUUGGCAUUAUAUUCAAACAAAGUGUGCAGACAUUGAAGAGGACAGACACUACGGCCCCUAUAGUGAUGAUCUGGUAUUUGACCACAUUUAUAGUGAUAUCGGCCUUUUCCGGUGCUCUCCUGUCGUUCCUAGUAGUGGCCAAACCCUAUAAUAAGAUUGACUCAAUCGCCGAUUUGGCCAAAAGUGACAUUAAAUUUAUCAUAUUUGAUGGCGAGACUAGUGUCGAGUACUUUAACGACACGUCGGAACCGCUUUUUGGUCACUUCUUCAACCGGUCUAUCGUUGAAAACCCGGAGAAUAAUAAGCAAAAAGAGUGGGAACUGGAAGUGUUUCAAAAGAUCAAUGAUGGCGAACGAGCUAUUGUCUCGGAUCAGCUGUUUUUGGACUUUUAUUUUGCCACCAAAGCCCAGAAUUAUACUAAUUUGUAUAGAUCGGUUGAUAAUCAGCUAGUGUUACCAUAUUUUAUGCCUGUGACACACCAUAAUUCGCCGCUCACUGAAUUCUGUAUUAAUUUAAUUAUUGAACAUUUGCUGGAAAGCGGAAUAUACGAAAUGUGGGUAAAAGAGACUAUAUUUAAAAACAUUAAGGACCGGAACCGGUACUCAAAGUUUGAUUACUUGACCGACAAAUACAUGUGC